UGCGUGGCCGCAGCUCGUGUCCAGAUCGCCAUGGCGCGGCGCCAUCCACAACACAGAAGUGUUAGAUUUUAUUACCGCACCGUAAUCCUCUUACCGGCCUAAGCGCGCUCCUCCGGUCCCUCAGCGCGUCUUCAGGGCUGGGAAGGAGCCACGCGCGCCCUCGCCUAAUCCCCCCGUGGGUGGAACGCGCUGCUCCUACAGCCUCGAGCCCCUGCCUCAGCGGCUCUCCGAGGCGCCAUGGAGGAACUGCUGAUACCGGCGGACGCGGACGAGGCGCGCGAGCCGGGAAGGCCCGGCACGGCGGACAGCGUGAAGGAGGCACUGCAAAGCGCGUGCGGCGCGAGCGUCAGGACGUACCUGAAGCAGUACGUGAAGCGCAACGGGCUGCUGACGCUCUCGGUGCUGGGAGUGGGCACCGGCUGCGUGCUGGGCUACAUGCUCCGCGGACUGGAGAUGUCCACGCAGGCAAAAAUGUAUUUUUCUUUUCCCGGAGAACUCCUCAUGAGAAUGCUUAAAAUGCUCAUCCUGCCGCUAAUCACCUCAAGUUUAAUGUCAGGUCUCUCAUCGAUGGAAUCCAAGGCCUGCUGUCGUAUGGGUGUUCUGACUGUGACCUACUAUCUGUGGACCACCUUCAUAGCUGUCGUGGUUGGUAUUGUACUGGUGCUAAUCAUCAAGCCGGGCUAUGGGACUGAGAUGGAGAUGAACAGGCUUGGAGGGGGACCAGUAAUGACUUCUGCAGAUGCACUACUGGACCUUGUCAGGAAUAUGAUUCCUUCAAAUCUCAUCGAGGCCACAUUUCAACAGUACAAGACAGACCUCAUUCCUGUUCUCAAAACACAAGUCACCACUAAGCAGCCCAGUUUCCUCUACCUUAUGCCGGAUGAGGAGAACCCUAAAGGCCGCACAGUGUUGCUGGAACUCACGCCACCUCCUGACAUGCACUACAAGACCAUCCCUGGUAGCAGCCAACAAAUGAAUGUGCUGGGCAUCGUCAUCUUCUCAGCCACUAUGGGCCUCCUGCUUGGCAAAAUGGGUGAGCGAGGAGCACCAUUAGUCAACGUUUGCCAGUGCAUCAAUGAGUGUGUCAUGAAGAUCAUCAAUGCAGCAGUAUGGUAUUUUCCAUUUGGGAUCAUCUUCCUGGUGGCUGGGAAGAUCCUGGACAUGGACGAUCCAUCCACUUUGGGCAGGAAGCUGGGCUGGUACACAGUAACAGUUCUGGGUGGGCUGUUUAUCCAUGGCCUCAUUCUGCUUCCAUUCUUCUAUUUUCUUUUGACAAGGAAGAACCCAUUUUCUUACAUUAGAGGUCUCCUGCAGGCUAUGGUCAUCGCCUUGGCCACAUCAUCAAGUUCUGCCACACUGCCCAUCACUAUGAAGUGCUUGCUGGAGAACUGUCAUGUGGACAGGCAGAUAGCACGGUUCGUCUUGCCUGUGGGUGCCACCAUCAACAUGGACGGCACAGCCCUCUAUGAAGCGGUAGCUGCCAUCUUCAUUGCACAGGUCAACGAGUACGAGCUGGAUUUUGGGCAGCUGGUUACAAUAAGCAUAACGGCAACGGCCGCUAGCAUUGGUGCUGCAGGGAUCCCUCAGGCAGGCCUUGUAACCAUGGUAAUAGUGCUGACAUCUGUGGGCUUGCCACCAGAUGACAUCACGCUAAUUGUGGCCAUCGACUGGAUUCUGGAUCGAUUCCGAACAAUGAUUAAUGUCCUAGGAGAUGCUCUGGCAGCCGGAAUCAUUGCUCAUUUGUGUCGGAAAGACUUUCCUCGUGACACAGUGGGGAAACCCAGCGGGUCGUCACAAGGCGCCCAAAACAUGGAGAACGUGCCUUUGACAGAGGUGCCACUAAUAGCUGGAAAAGACUGCAUAUUUGAGGUGGUUGGAGAUACAGUUAUCGAGCGGCCCACAGUCUACUACAACAUCUGUCAAGUCUGACCUCACCAACAGAAGCCUUACAACAAUCACCACCUUUACUCUUCUGGAGACGAGUCUCUACAUUUGUGCCAUGAUACAGUACAAAGUUUAAUGCAAUUCUACACUGUCUUCUCUUUUGAUAGACUGCUGGAAGUUAUUUGCUAUUGCAGAGAAAUUCGACUCUAAGUGACUUUCGACGUCAGAGUCACUUUUGGACAAGUGACAAAGAACAAGGGACCCUGCUGCAUGCUGGCAUGUAUGUUCAUCUUUAAAGGUGCAGUGUGUAAGAUUUAGGGGAGCUAUUAGCAGAAAAGGAAUAUCUUAUACAAAACCAUUCAUGCAUAAUCACCUGUAACUAUGAAUCACUGUGUUUUCGGUAGCUUACAACGCACCCUUCAUAGCUUUGUGGGUAGCAGGUCCUCCAACAGAGGCCGCCAUGUUACGCUGCUAUGUUUCUAAAGUAGCCGAGAACUGACAAACCAAACACUGGCUCUAGAGAGAGCCUUUCGCAUUUUUACGUUGAAGCUGCAGCUCAAAUUUGGCGUCACUAUAGCACUGGUUGAAAGAGGUAGAAAGAACAAUUAUUAGUGGGUGCUGCCUGUGCUGGCUAACCAUUUUAUGUUGUGAGAACCCAAAUUUUGGCAAAUGAGGGAUCAUGGUUAUUAUUGAGCACAAGAAAAAACAAGAGAAGCUGAUCAAAGAAGCAAAAACAUGAACAAGCAAAACGAAAUCAGCCUAGGUGAUGACAGAAAAUCGUAGGUUCUGCUACGUGCUUGGAAAGGGAGGGGUGAGGGAAGAGUAUUCAGUUGGUUGCAAACAGCCUGAUUCCAUGAAUUCUUACACACUGCAUCUUUAAAACACUGCUGUUCAUGUCAGCAAGCAGAAGACUACAAAUGCAUUGCCUUAAAACGUGACUAACAGAGUAAGGUAACAGUUGGCGACUAACUCAGAAUUACUCUUUGUAAGGCAAACUAUUUACUAUUUCACUGAAGCAUGCUGUCGAAAUGAGGCAGU